AUGGUUAACGACCGGACGAUGUUGUCCGGUUCCUUUGCAAAUCCGUUAUAUUUCUUUGCAACCAAUACAUCCAAUGUCACCCAAGCCGAGAUGUGGGUCCGACUUCCUGACAUUAUGGAGUUCUUUUUCGUAGCUCAUCCUUCGUCUGGAAGACGGGAAGGAGAAGAGCAUCAGCGCAUUAUGUACUUUUACCCGAAAGGAGAACUCCUAGAUCGUCAGUUGAGUGCAGAGAUUACUGGUUUCGCAGAAGCCGUCGUCAAUUUCACGGACAACUUCGUUAGUCCUCAAGAGCAGGCUGAAAAACCCGAAUUUCCUUUUCGCACCGUUUCCACUCAGAAGUCGGAGCAUGUCUAUAUACAAGUGGAGGAUUGCGAGUUCCUUAUAGGCCUUGCUCUUUCUAAGAUUCAGUAUGCCGCCGUUGAAUAUUCUGUCUUCCUGCCUGCUAUUCAAAACGUUCUCACGAAUGUCUACAAGAUGUUUCGCCUAUUCUUCGGAGAAUUCAGUCCAUUCAGGAAAAGAAAUGAGCAGAAGUUCAAAGAGCGCUUGGAGUAUUUUUUCGGCCGAUACUUACCCCUCCUUAAACUACACAGGAUGCCUCUGCUGGAUUACCUGAAUGGAGCAGCGUUUCUGAAAAUAGAUGGGCCAACAUAUUUAAAUGUGGUUUCAAUGUCAUCAGAACUUAUGGAGGAAUUUCCGGUGAUACAGAAGAUCCUUAUUUUGUAUCAGGAUAAAGUGCUCUACUACUCGCUUUCUCGCCGUGAUCUUCCAUCUUUAUUUCGCUAUCUCACCCAAAGUUUAUUACCAAUGAGCAUUGGGGAUGAAUUAGACUACCAGAUGCGAUCUACACAAGGACGAUUCUUGCGUGGGCCAGCAGACCUCUCAACAGACUUACCACUAGAAGGAGACGACACUCUUCCCACAGUUCAUCUUUUCAAUGCUAUUGAUGACGAGGACAACGAAGAGCUUGUCAAGUAUCACAUGGUAGGCUUUGUCUUUUGGAGGAACGUUCGAAAAGUUUCUUUUUCUCGAGCUUCUCUAAGUCUUACAUCGUCUUUCACGGAAUCGCCCAGCACACCAAAACCGGCGCUACCUCCUCCAGAAGUCAGCAGGUAUGUCAUUUUCGAAUGUUCUCAUCCCACGUACUCGUGGAAACGUUUAAUACGUGCCCUCAAUUUGUUGCUUUUUCACUUGAUGCUUUAUUGA